AUGGAAAUCUCAAAAUACCCAUGGUAUCUACCGUACAAAGAAUCCUUCAUCUCCACAGAAGAUCCACACUCCAAAAACUCCUCGCUCCCGGAAGGUAAAUUACAAAUAAGAUCAUAGAAAGAGCAAGAAGUCGAUUGCAUCGAUGCGCAGGUCUAUCGGCGGAAAUAAAAACCACUUUUGCGGUGUUUGAGAAUGGGUUGAGUUUCGUAGAGGCCGUGUAA